CGAGAAGUGUUCCAAACCUAUCAUAAUUUGUAAAGAUGGCGAAGAUGUUUCAUUUGGAAAUUCAAGACAUAAUACGUUUUUCUCUGCCUUAACCUAGGUCUACGUUUAUGUACUGGCAGUGAAUAUUGGAACACAGCCUGGAUAAUUUUCCUAAGAUUUUGACUACAUAAUCGGUAUUAUUCGGCAACUACUUGAACUGUCGGCUCUUUCUGAAACGAGACACGCGUAGGAAUUGUCAAAAUGUUGAUGCCAAAAAAGAAUCGUGUGGCUAUUUAUGAGUACCUUUUCAAGGAGGGAGUCAUGGUAGCAAAAAAGGACUAUCAUGCGUCCAAACAUCCAGAGUUAGAAAAUAUUCCUAAUCUUCAGGUUAUUAAAGCUAUGCAGUCUUUGAAAUCUAAAGGAUACGUAAAGGAACAAUUUGCAUGGAGACAUUUUUACUGGUAUCUUACAAAUGAUGGUAUAGAAUAUUUACGUGGAUAUUUACAUCUACCACCUGAAAUUGUACCCUCUACCCUUAAGAAGCAACCAAGAUCCGAAACUACGAGGCCAAGACCUGCCACAACUAGAAGCGAGGGUUCGAGAUCAACGGAGGAUCGUGCAGGAUAUAGACGAGGUCCAGGUGGUCCUCCAGGUACCGGUGAUAAAAAGGCUGAUGUUGGCGCAGGUACCGGCGAUCUCGAAUUUCGCGGUGGCUUUGGCCGUGGAAAAGCCCUUCAAUGAUUUUCUCUUUUUUUAAUGUAAAAUAAAUAUAUUAAAAAAAAAACGCUUUUCUCUUGACUUUAUACACGAAUGAUUUCAACUAUAUACUUGUAAUAAGCAUUAUAUGUUUAAAAAAGAAAAAAAUAUGAAAUUAAGUUGAGUCAGUUUCUUUAUUAUUCGAUACAUUAUAAAUCGGCUGCUUAUAUUAUUACUUUGCUUCGAAUAACAUUUGUUCUUAAUUUCUCAAUUUAUAACUUAUUUAUUAUAUGGAAGCAGCGAUUGCAAGAAUGAAUAUUGUAAAGAAUUAUAAUGCAUUUCUAAAUUAGACUCUUUUUAAGUGAGGAACAAAUUCAUUUUAUCCUAAUUGGGAUUUAGGAUCAGUCAUCACAGAUUUUUGUUUGUACUUCUACACCAAAGAGUACAAGUAAUUUUUACAAUUGCAGUUCUCGUCGAGCUUAUAGUCGAGUCUAAAUAAAUGUUUCUAAAGUCUGCGUAAAUGUUGCGAUUCAACUAAAAACAAAAUCUUUGUAUUAUGUAAAGUGUUACAAUGUAGGUUUAUAUAGUAAUAGAUGCAAGAAGAUAACUGAC